GAUGCGGUGAGGCCGCUGACCGUGUGUGCGCACCCGUGACCUGAGCCUGUGACACGAUGCGGUGGUGGGCGCUGCUGGCCGCGCUGGCCGCCGUGCUGCCCGCGACCCUCGCCUGCGAGUGCUGCGAGAGGAACGCUACCCAGACCGAGUGCGCGGAGGGGGCGCUGCUUCGGGCGAGGCCCGACUGCAAGUGUUGCCUUGCCUGCGGCCGGCAGCUGGGCGAGCCGUGCAACGACGGCGACCGGCCGUGCGCCGAGACGCUGGACUGCGGCAUCGCCGGUGUCUGCAUAGAACAGCAGAAGUGCGAGAAGGAUGGCGACUGCGCGUCCAACCGGUUCUGCCUGGGCGGCUUGUGCUCGGACCCGUGCAGCAGCCUGGACCACUGCAGCGGCCUGCUGAAGGGCGGCGCGUGCCAAGUGCGCAGCCACCGGCCCGUCUGCACGUGCCCGCCGGGCGCCAUACUCGACGCCCAGAGCAAGACCUGCACCCCAGGUGGGUGCAAGGACCUGGACGGCCAGCGAGUGGCCGUUGGUCAGCAGGUGUCCAGGAAGGACUGCCAGGAGACCUGCACGUGCCAACCGUCCGGCAAGUUCAACUGCACCAAGACAGAAUGUCCGCCGGGCUCCUACACAUCUGGCUCGUUCAGCGACGACCCGUCCUGCGUGGAGCUGAGUAGCGCCGCCGGCAACGCCUGCUGCGUCAACGUCGUCUGCACCGACGCCGCGUCGCCACCGGCUGGCGCCGGUUCUGCCAAGGCAGCGUCGACGACGACGGAGGCGGGUGCCGAGCCGAGCACCACCGCCGCGCCGCCGGCGACGACCGUCGGCGCCGACGCGGGGGCCGUCGACGACAACGGAGCGCCGCGCGACCUGCUGCCGCUGGCGAUCACGCACAACAGCACGCGGCUGCAGCUGCCGGGCGGCGGCGGCCGGCUGGAGUACCGCACCGACGGCCGGCCGCCGGUGGUCGUCGCCGGCGCCGAGGACGGCCGGGAGCUGACCGUCACCGGCCUCCAGCCCGGCACCGGCUACCGGUUCACCUGGACGGGGCGCGACGGCUCGCGCAGUCUGCGCGUGGACACCAGGCCCGGCUGCGUGACCAACACAAGUUCACACGCGAUCGGUGAGACGUACCACAUGGGCUGCCAGUCGACGUGUGUGUGUGGCGGCCCCAACCAGCCCUCGUGCCGGCCUCGGUGCUCGUUCACGCGCGGCACGGUCACCGACAAGGCCUGCUCGGAGCGGCCCGACAUCGACGACCCCGAGUGCUGCGUCCAGCUGGUGUGCGCCGUCAGCAGCACCGGAGGUCAAAUAGUCCCGGAGACAACACGCGAACCGGAAACGACUACCGCGCCGCCUGCCACCACCGCCGUCCCCACCACCACCGUCAGCCCCACCGACGCCGCCGAGGAGGCCAGCACCACCCCGCCGCCGCAGACCAGCCCGGGCGCCGACUCCGAGCCGGGUGCGGUGGCCGGGGGUGCCCUGACCGACGCCGGCGGCCUGCCCCGUCCGACGCUCAUCGUCACCACCAAGUCGCACAGCUCCGUCACGCUGGCCUGGGACGACUUCAAGCCGCCGGCGUACGCGCGCGGCUACGUGGCGCAGUUCCGACGCGUCGGCGACGAGGAGUGGCGCCGCCAGGUGCUGGCGCCGCAGCCGGGCAAGAGCGUGCCGCUGGUGACGAUCGACGGGCUGCGGCCGGCGACGGAGUAUGAGGCAAGGGUGGCCAUCUUCGAGGGUUCGGAGCAGGACACGCUCGGAGACGCGACGGAGACCAUCCGGUUCGAAACCAACGACGGGUGUGAGGACGACGAGGCCGUGUUCGCCGUGGGCGAGAAGUUCAGCCGCGGCUGCAACGAGACCUGCGUCUGCGAGCUGAGUGGGCGCGCGCGCUGCGAGCCGCGCUGUCCGCCGCCGCUGUUCCAGGCGGGCCACUUCCGUGACGAUCCGCUGUGUCACGAGACGGCGCUGGACGAAUGUUGCGUGACGGCAGUCUGCGAUACGGCGCCCGUCGACGACGAGGCGCAUCAGGGCGCCAGCGGCAUGGACCCCUGCGAGUUCGUCCACUGCGGGCCCAACUCGCGCUGCCAGAUGGCGCCCCCGGCGGCCGGCCGGACGGAGCCGGGCGCCGCCGACGCCAAGUGUGUCUGCCUGCCCGGCUUCAACGAGGUGGAGGACGGCGGGCUGACCGAGUGCCGAGCCGACGCUGACCCAGGCACGGUGAUACUGAACGCCACCGGCUGUGAGCACGAGGAGACCACCUACGCGCCCGGCGAGGAGUUCUUCAAGAGUUGUGAACUCCGAUGCGUUUGCACAGCGAGCGAACAAAUCGAGUGCAAGCCUCGAUGUCAGGUGGACCAGUCAACAAUCCAGGACCUGCCGCCUGGCUGUGUGCGGGUGCAGGAACCGGAGCCCAAUCACCUCUGUUGCAUGAAAUUGGAGUGCAAGAACACGACGGCAGGAGUGGCAGUGCCAGACCCUACGUUUGCCGGCUGUGUGUUCGGUGAAGACAGGUACGACAUCGAUGAAGUUUUCUACCAAGGCUGCAAAAGCAGGUGCAAGUGCAUGGGCUUUGGUGAUGUCUCAUGCCAGCCCAGGUGUCCGCCACAGCAGCCGUCCGACGACCCGUCCUGCUCGGUCCGGCCCGACCCGGCCGACGCCUGCUGCAGCAUCUCUGUCUGUGACUCUGUCGCGCCGGCGAACACCAGCGACGCGGACGCCGCCACCACCGCCGAGCCCGACGCCGCCGACGGUGACGCCACCACCGAGCCGAGCACGGCAGCGGAGGAGGCGAUCGAGGCGCGCACUCGGCUGGGCGCCGGCCGCCUCGAGCCCGCCGCCAGCGAGCUGCGCCUCCUCGGCUUGCAGGCGGUCGACUCCAGCUCGACGCAGGUGGAGGUCGGCGUGCCGCCGGCCGUGGCCGAGCGCUUCUUCACGACGCUCCGCGACGAGCCGCUGCUGGUGGAGUGGCGCUACGGCGCCGCCGCCUGGCAGGAGCGCUCCGUGCCGCACGACAGCGUGCUGCUGCGGCGUGGCCGCCUGCUCGCGCUCGUGCCCGGCCUGGCGGCGCCGCGCGAGGCGACCGUGCGCGUCACGUACGACGGCGAGACCAGCGCACCCGUCCUCGGCGCCGAGCUCAUGGGCGGCGGUGAUGAGACAGCGCCGGCGGUGCAGCAGGAGGGAGUAAUCGUGGCUACGGACCCGCUGCCGACUACUACGGCAGCCCCUGAGGAGACGACCUCUGACGCCUCCGUCGUCGAUGCUGCUCCGACCUCCGACGGCACCUCCUGCGACUUCGACGGCGCCUCGUACAAGCUGGGCGAGGAGUUCCACGACGGCUGUCGCCAGUUCUGCCAGUGCACCGAGACGGGGGUCAGCUGCGCGGCCAUCGAGUGCCCGCAUCACUUCGGCCUCAAGCUCAUCAACCCGGACUGUAUGCAGUGGAGCCAGCCGGACGACUUCACGCCCACGCCGCCCGAGUGCUGCCCUGAGGUGACCUGCGUCGACGACGGCAGCUGCACCUUCGAGGGCGAGAAGUUCCGCAACGGGCAUCCGCUCCCGGAGAAGCUGACCGGCUGCGAGCAGCGCUGCUACUGCGAGUUCGGCAACGUGACCUGUCAGUCGGCGUGCGACCCGGUGCCGGCGACGCCGCCGCGCACGCUCCCCUGUCCGCCGGACCGCGUCACGCUCGGGCCCGGCGCCAACGGCUGCUGCAAGCUGUGGCAGUGCUCCGACGGAGGAGCCCCUAACACGACUGGUGGACGAGACCAGACAGAACUUGACCCAACGACGCUCGUUGCCCUCGGCGCCGCCUCUUCUCCUGACCUCCCCCAACCCACUGAGCCUGCGCCGUCGGCGGCGGAAGGAGAGUCCACGGACGGCAGCCCCGCUGAGGCAGAAGAGCCGACUCCGGAGCCGGAGCCGACGACGGUCGUCCCUGAAACGGCCGCCGGCGUGGAGAGCCCUGCUUCAACACAGGCGACGGGAGAAACAACGGAGGGUUUAGAGCCAGAGCUGGAAGGAUCUGGUCCGGCUACGGAGUCAGUCGAGGAAGGAAAGGCAACGGAACCGUCUCCUGCCCAAUCCCCUACUGAGUCAUCUGCGGUGACGGAAGACGCUGCUGUAGCUCAAGCGGUUAACGUCACGGAGGAAAGCAUCGCUACAGCGUCGGAGCCACCAGCAGAUGAGCACGACGGCGCGCAGGAAUCUACCGAGCCCGGAGCCAGCCAGGUGGUGGUGAUAGACGGGCAGCGCUACCUGGAAUCGAACGGCAAGCUCUUCCCGCUACCGCCUGUACCGAGCUUUGUCCAGCCAGACGGCCGUAGACCGGCGGUGGCCGGCGGCCCGCCUGCCGGGCAGCAGCCGUCUCCGGAGCCGACGGGUAACCGCGGUCCGCAUGAGGACAAUGGCGUGCCUGUUGGCCAGCCGCCGGCACCUCCAGGGGGCAACUCGAUCGUGGUUAUCGAUGGCCAACGCUUCCUCGAGAGCAACGGCAAGCUGUCCCCGCUGCCGCCCGUGUCCGGGCUGCAGGGCGGGGAUCGCAUCCCUUCGGCUCCUUCAGUUGGCAACGCGCCGGCCGGCGCCGGCGACGGCAGCUCCGUCGUGGAGAUCGACGGCCAGCGCUUCCUCGAGAGCGACGGCAAGCUGUUCCCGCUGCCGCCCGAGAGCCCUGAGGUGCUGGUGCUGCCGGAUGGCCGCCGCAUGCAGGUGUUCCCCGACGGCACAACGCGGCUGCUCACGUCGCCGCCGCCGUCGACGCAGCGGCAGCUGAUCGCGCUCGGAAACGAAAUCUCUGACCUGGACGUGCGGGAUGUGGACGCAGAGUCUGUCAAGUUCAGCUUCAGUAUCCCGCCGGCCCUGGUCGGCCUGCCCGGCAAGACAGAGGUCCUCUACACCGAUAGCCCGGGCCUGAACGACGAGGCGUCGUCCUGGGACCGGCGCGUCUUCCAGACUCCGUCGGGCCUGCUGGACCGCACAGACCUCUCCUGGGUGCUGGGCGACCUCCGGCCCGCCACACCAUACGUCAUGCAGGUCAAGGUGUUGUUCGACCAGUCCUCCACCAUCCUGCAGAGCAACGUCGUUGAAUUCCAGACACGCGAUGCGCCCGAAGCGGCCCCGACGCUGCCGCCCAAGGUGGAGGUCGAUGCUGAACUGCAGGCCUCGGACGUGGACACGACCUCGGCGCUGAUCCAGUGGCGCCGGCUGACCGAGGAGGAGCUACGCUACAUCGACGGCAUCCAGCUGCGCUACAGAGACGUCGACGUCGACGCCCAGGUGUGGACCAUGACGCCGUUCAUCCACCGCGAGCUGACCACCUACAAGCUGACGGAGUUGAAGCCGGACACGACUUACGAGGUGGACAUCGUGCUGAUGCCCUUCCAGACGCAGCGCACCGAGAUGGUCUCCUCGCACCCGCUGCGGAUCAGCACGCUGCCCGUCUUCGACCGCUACGACUUCAACAUCACACUGGGCAAGGUGGAGCCGGGGCCGAACUCCGUACGAGUGAGCUGGACGGGCAUCCCGCAGCCGCAGUAUCAGUUCGUCAACGUCUACCGCAUCGUGUACAUUUACGAGAAGGAGCGCGAGGAGAAGCACACCUUUAAGCUGGCCAAGACGUCCGACGAGCCGUCCAUCCUCAUCAAGGGCCUCAAGCCCAGCAGCAAGUACCAGGUGUGGCUGGAGGCGUACCUGAAGAACGGCAAGAAGCGCGUGUCGGAGGUCCGGGAGUUCGACACCAAGCCCGGCCAGCUGGGCAAGCCCGAGGAGAUUCGAGACGAGAGCGCAGGUGAUGCGUUGGGCACCAGGGACCCUCCCAACAACUACUACAGCGGCAUGGUUGCGGCGGCCAUUAUUGCCACCAUGGCCAUCCUGCUGUGCCUCUUCCUGGCGUUCCUGCUCGUGCGGAGGGCCAGCCGUGCCGCCGUGGAGCCGGCCGCCGCCAGGAAGAACGGCCCCAGUUACGACAACCCCGCCUUCAAGAACUCCGAGCUGGACGUGAACGGCGCCAACGGAAACGACCGGUUCGCGUAGGCGGCGCGCCCGCCCGCGCGCCGGCCAUGGCGCGCCACGCGAGCCGGGCCCCGCCCGUCCCGCUGCGACUCCGACUCCGACUCCGACUCCGGCUGGCGGCUCGGCCGAGCGGGCGGACGAGCGGGCGGGCGGGCGCGGCUGAUCUCUGGAGGGCGCGCGCUCAGUGCCAAACAAAGACGACGCGGUGAGGCCAGACUCCACUGCCGGAGAGUGAUACGUGAGCGGCCGCCCGGCCGCGGUACCGGCGCGGUACGCCAGCGUGUACCGGUGUGUACCUCAGCGGACCGCACGUGACUCCGUGUGACGGGACGCGGCGCGGCGGUGACUGGUGUCGGUGUGAGAGGUGCAUUGGCACGCUUUUCUAUGUCUUGACUGGUGAUGCCGGUGCGAUCAGUCGAAGAGUGUUGCUAGGUCAAGGCAUCAGCUGCAGCGACUUCGGCUGACCUGUGCGUGUUAGAAACCCGGUGGGUUUUCAUUUCUUUGACUGUAACGCGUGUGCUAUUUUCAUGUGGAAGCCAGCAGGCCGCGUUUGCAUGUGGUAUUUGUUGCAGUGAAUGUCGGUGUUCUUCUUCGGUGUACUUGAGCCUGUGUCUGCAUUGUUGGAGAUUUGUACACGGAGUCUGCUCUGGAUAUUGUCAGCUGAGAGAUGUUAAUGUCACUGGCUCAAAGAGACCAUGCUUGUAGCACUGGGGUAUGCUGACUGUAUCGUCUGCUUUAAAAGCUUUCACGAUCGUAGGCAAAGCAUCGUCAAGCAAACAACCCAUGAGUACUUAUUUCUAUAACAGUGCAGCGAACCUGCGUCAGUUGUUGUUACCCGACUUAUAUACAACGAAUAAAGUGUCGAGUUGGA